GGGAAAGAAGGACGAAAGCUUGAAGAUAAAAUUCACUGUAGACAAAAAAAAAUUAAAAUCUCACAAACUCGAUAACAAUUUCUAAAAUGAAUCCGUAAUCUUUACUACUCCCAACCAGUCUCAACCUCUCAACCGCUCAACCACAAAUGUUUGCAUAGGAAUCCAUCUAAAUGCAGCUAUCAUAACAUCUUCUAUCGUCAUUAUCAUCACCAUUACCAUCGCCAACAGUGUCGCUACUUAUCCUAAGCUGCAAUCAUGGUUGGCAAAGUCAGCGAGAAGGUCCUCCUUCGGGAAGGACUCGAACGAACCGAUAAUAGCAUGAAGCAGACUAGCUGGCCCGAUGUCACUCCAAUCAAUCAGAAGAACUACUAUACUGAUUACAUGAAACGCGAUGACCAAGUACUUGCCCUUCGACUACAAGCAGAAGCGAAUAGAGAUCGACUUGUUCAGAGUGCUAAAGACCGUGAUCGAGCCCUCGCGCGUAACGGACAAGCUGAGGUUCCCCUUCCUGUUGCCGAUAUUCCACAAGACGAUGUCGCUCCGGUUGCCACCGAGGGUUUGGAACCGUCCAAAGUUAUCGUAAUACAUCCCGGAAGCCAGAAUCUCAGAAUAGGUUUUGCCAGCGAUGCCUUGCCCAAAACUAUCCCCAUGGCCAUCGCAACCAAAUUUCCCCAGACAGAGUCCGAGAUGUACGAGGCCCUUCCACGGCGUCAAUUUGAGGCCAAGACUAUAGACCAACAAUACGGUGAGGAGUGGUCUAAGAAGUAUCAGAAGCAGUGCAACGAAUUAAAGGUGGAUAUGCGAGCGAGGAAACUAAAAGUAUUACCCAACUCUAAAGAGCUGGUGGUAAACUACAACAGACGAACGGAAUCGGAAGAGAUAGCAUUACACAACGACCCUCUACAAAUCGAAUGGACCGACGUUAAGAGUUUGGAGGACCCCGACUCCGUAGCAUCAUGCUUCAUUGGCCAAGCUGCCCAGCGUAUACCUGACGAUUCAAAUCCCAAAUUCAAGCUAUGGUGGCCUAUACAAAACGGCUGGUUGAAUGAAGAUGAUUACACAACCGCUGAACACCUAUAUGACGAUUUCGAGACCCUCUUGGACAAAGCCAUCAGGCAAGAGCUUGGUUUAACCCGGAAUAGCGCAUGGAAGAAUUAUAGCUGCGUUUUCGUCAUCCCUGAUCUAUAUGACAAGAAGUAUGUGGAACAGAUUCUCAAGUCGUGCAUGACUUGGUUCGAGUUCAACAAGAUAUGCUUUAUACAAGAGAGUAUGGCCGCGACAUUCGGUGCUGGUUACACACAAGCUUGCGUAGUGGACGUCGGAGCCCAAAACACAUCGAUCGCCUGUGUUGAGGAUGGACUCUGUGUCGAAGACUCGCGAGUCAACCUGAAAUAUGGUGGUUAUGAUGUUACGGAGACCUUUAUCAAGAUGAUGCUAUACGACAAUUUCCCCUACCAAGACAUCAACCUUCGAAGACGAUACGAUUUCCUUCUAGCAGAAGAGCUGAAGAUCAAAUUCUGCACAAUGAUCCAGAAGGACAUAUCGGUACAGCCUUGCGAUUUCCACCUUCGCGCACCGAACCAAUCGACGCGCAAGUAUCUAUUUAAGACGUACGAUGAAGUCAUUCUCGCCCCAAUGGGCUUCUACGAACCCUCCAUCUUCGACAACUCGGCAAAAAUACGCAGCCGACGGAAGCUUGUCGAUCGUUCCUACAACGCUUACGAUGUCGAAGUACCUGAUGAUCCAGUAUCUGCGGCGCAGACAGCGAUCUUGGCUCUCAUUAAGCCUUCCGUGGUCUCCAAUGCUAACGGUUUCCCAACCUUGCCUACCGACCCCAACGUAGCCACCCCCAUGAAGGAGAAGUCUCAGCCCUUCUCCAGCUUCCUAAGAGGCGACCUCAACAACGGCACACCCGGCGGCUCAGCCGCGGCCUCGCCGGCCCCCGAAGGAGCUGCGACUCCCGUCCCCCCAACAUUCCUCUUCGGCGCCAACGGCACAGUGACAGGAACCGGUAGCCCGGCCCCCAACGGCACAGCUACCGCUCGCAACGGGCUUUCCCCGGCGCCUCCGCCAGGCAUGUUCGUCGACUCAGCGGCACGCACGGCAAAGGCGUUGGCCGCAGAGCGUGACGCCGUCUUACCCGUGGUGCCUCUGGACAUCGCGAUCCUGACGAGCAUCCAGAACGCGGCCAAGGGCGACGAUAAGAAGCUGCGCGAUUACCUAGGCAGCAUCAUGGUCGUUGGCGGCGGAUCUAAGACCGCAGGCUUCGCCGGUACCCUCGAGGAGAAGCUGAAGGCGCGCCGCCCCGAGCUCUCCGAGCGCAUCCUCAUCACCCGCUCCGCCCGCGACAUGGACGAGCAAGUCGUCGUCUGGAAGGGCGCCAGCGUCUUCGCCAAGCUCCCCGCCAACGACUCCUGGAUCACCUCCUUCGAGUUCGAGAGGCUGGGCGCUAGGGUCUUGCAUCAUAAGGUGCUUUGGGCUUGGUAAUCUACUCUUCUAAGUCCCUACUAGAUACGUACCUACCUAAUUACCAUGAUUUGAAAUAAAGGUCGCAAGAGUGCGUGCGUGCUUUAGGAAUAGAGAAAGGUUUUUUCUUCCGAAUUCUUUUUUUUCACGCGUUCUACGUGCUACGCAUUCCUAAAUAUCGCGGGAGGAAAAGGUUCGUGGCUUACUUGCCUAGGUAUCUACUUAUCUAAUGACUCUUCGUCGGGACUGGACCGAGGAAGUAAGUAAGUGCGUGGUGUGUUUAUUACCGGAGUAUCGUCGUCGUCGCGAUACUCCCGAGGGACGGCUGGGCUUGUAUGGCGUUGGUGGUGAAGUUCUUGUUUUUCUCGUCACAGAUAGGAAGAAACGAAAAGCGAAAUACAAAUGAAUUCUUGCA